CCGGCGGCGGCGGCAGCGCAAAGCGAAGAUGGCUGAGAAGCAGCCGCAGAAGCAUGACGGGCGAGUGAAGAUCGGCCACUAUGUCCUGGGGGACACGCUGGGGGUUGGCACCUUCGGCAAAGUCAAGAUUGGGGAACACCAGCUCACAGGGCACAAAGUAGCAGUCAAAAUUUUAAACAGACAAAAAAUUCGCAGUUUGGAUGUUGUUGGGAAAAUCAAACGAGAAAUCCAAAACCUAAAACUUUUCCGGCACCCCCAUAUUAUCAAACUGUACCAGGUCAUCAGCACACCAACAGAUUUUUUCAUGGUAAUGGAAUAUGUGUCUGGUGGGGAAUUGUUUGAUUACAUCUGCAAAAAUGGACGUGUUGAAGAGACUGAAGCUAGACGUCUCUUUCAGCAAAUCCUCUCAGCUGUAGAUUACUGUCAUCGGCAUAUGGUGGUUCACAGAGACCUGAAACCAGAGAAUGUGCUGUUGGAUGCACACAUGAAUGCCAAGAUAGCUGAUUUUGGGCUGUCCAACAUGAUGUCUGAUGGUGAAUUUCUGAGAACCAGCUGUGGCUCACCCAACUAUGCAGCACCUGAAGUAAUCUCUGGAAGGUUGUAUGCUGGUCCAGAAGUUGAUAUCUGGAGUUGUGGUGUUAUUCUUUAUGCUCUUCUCUGUGGGACUCUUCCUUUUGAUGAUGAUCAUGUCCCAACUCUCUUUAAAAAAAUCCGUGGGGGUGUCUUCUACAUUCCCGAGUACCUCAACCGUUCAGUCGCCACCCUACUCAUGCAUAUGCUGCAGGUUGAUCCACUUAAGCGAGCAACCAUCAAGGACAUACGAGAACACGAGUGGUUCAAACAAGAUCUGCCCAGUUACUUGUUUCCAGAGGAUCCUUCUUAUGAUGCCAAUGUGAUUGAUGACGAUGCCGUGCGGGAAGUCUGUGAGAAAUUUGAGUGCACCGAGUCUGAGGUGAUGACCAGCUUGUACAGUGGGGAUCCCCAAGACCAGCUUGCAGUAGCCUACCACCUUAUUAUUGACAAUCGGAGAAUCAUGAACCAAGCCAGUGAGUUCUACCUCGCAUCCAGCCCACCCACUGGCUCUUUUAUGGAUGACACUAUGCACAUCCCCCCAGGAGUGAAACCCCAUCCAGAGCGGAUGCCUCCUUUAGUAGCAGACAGUCCCAAAGCAAAGUGUCCCUUGGAUGCACUGAAUACCACCAAACCAAAACCAUUGACUGUGAAAAAAGCCAAGUGGCAUUUAGGAAUACGGAGUCAAAGCAAGCCUUAUGAUAUCAUGGCUGAAGUCUACCGUGCUAUGAAGCAACUGGAUUUUGAGUGGAAGGUGGUGAAUGCCUACCAUCUUAGAGUUCGACGAAAGAAUCCAGUGACAGGAAAUUACGUGAAAAUGAGUUUGCAGCUUUAUCAGGUUGACAAUCGCAGCUAUCUUUUGGAUUUUAAAAGUAUUGAUGAUGAUGUGAUGGAGCAAAGGUCAGGCUCUUCCACACCUCAGCGCUCAUGCUCUGCGGCUCGCUUGCACAGACCAAGACUGAGUUUUGAUUCUGCCACUAUCGAUUGCCAGUCACUUCCUGCAUCUCUCACUGGCUCCUUGACUGGGAGCAUGUCUUCUGUUACACCACGUCUUGGUAGCCACACCAUGGACUUCUUUGAAAUGUGCGCCAGUCUCAUCAUGGCUCUUGCUCGCUGACAGGUAUUUUGAAGAAGCUUGAUUUUUUUUUUUUUGAAAGGGUCGGGCCUUUGCAAAAUCUGCCCCAAAAUAACAGUUUGGGCAUCUGCAGCAAGGAAUGUCUGAAAGUAGAAAUAUAAAAGGUUCUGCAGCCAGAACAUAUGAUGUAUAUUAAGGGAAGCGUCAAAUAUGCUCAAUUUUUGUGGGUCUAGUUGCAGAAUUUGUCUUGUUUUUGCAGGGAAUGUAUAAUGAUUUUGUUAGGUCAUAAGUAUAAUGGAGGCGGUGGAGCAGCGGAGGCAUUGAUAGACAUGUGAGGAAGAUCAGGCACAUGCCCAGUACUUGGAAGCGGUCAGACCUUACUGCUUGCUAUUCAAGAUUGAUUCUGCAGAAAACACAACAGCUGCCAACAUAUGAAAAUGUCUGCAGCCAGAUAAUCUACAGUGCCCUUGAUGUUGUGAACAUAUAAGUGCAAUAAUGUUCUUGAAGACUUGAUUAUUCCUUCAAAGGAUUUAAUGAACUGAUUUUCAAUGAGAAGGCAUAGCACUGUUAGGCUUAAUUUGCACUUUACAACAUUUGGAAGAAAUGUUCACAUCUGCUUUUCUUCUGCACAUUGCAAAACCACCUUUAGAUUAAGGGCUGUAGUGCAAUAGGAUUGUACUUUUUGUGUGUUUGAGGCCCUAGGUAUCAAAUAUUAGUAGGUUCAGUCCCAGGCAUGAGCCAGCUCUGAUGUAAUAUUUCCCUUGGUGGGAAUGCUUUUAAAAUGCUUGGGAGUUGACAGGAAACUGGUAUCCCGCUCACAGAUGAACUGUUGAAUGAACUGUAGCAAGUAUUUCUCCAAAAACAGCACAACAGAAAAGGCCCAGAAACAGACCUCCCAGUUUUUUUUUUAAAGACAGUCGAUAGCUGGAUUCAAAGCCUGUUGACCAUUAUGACUGAUAGCACUGGGUAUAUGAUGAUUGACCUGACACAUAAAACGGCUUUCUCAUAUUUUUAUAUCUUUGAAGUAAAAUUAAAGAAAGUGGCUGACAUGAUGUGUAGCAGUAGGUAAGAAGGGCUGUGGGUCUGUAAGGAGCCUCCAAUAUUCCCGAGGCAAUGACGCAUUGUGCAGCUGAGUGGAGUGGGGAGGGGGAGUGAAUUUAGCAACUCUCUCCUUUUCAAGUCCUUUUCACUUGCAGAAAUACGUUCCUGAGGGCUGUGCAACCAUCAGGAACAUAUUCCUGAAGGCUGAAAGGGCUUUUGUAGUGGGAAGGGGAAACAAGCAAAAAUUGCUCGUCCUCGACACCCAUUCAGCUGCACAACACACCAUCACUGCAGAGGCACUAAAGAAUCCCUGCAGACCCACCACCCUACUUACACCAACCUAUUGCUGUGCAUCAUGUUGGGCACCAACAUGAAAAGCAAGAGGACAAGUUCCUAUUCUUAGGGAGCAUAGCUGUAUAAAUAAAUCUGUUGGUAAACAACCUUAUCUAUAGGAUUAUAGAUCAUCCGAUCUAUAGGAAUGUGGUGGGCCACUAUGUGAAACAGGAUGCUUGACUAGGUAGGCUUCAGGCUUGAUCCAGCAGGGCUGUUCUUAUUUUCUUUAUAGCAUAGAUUUACCACCAUGUUUCUGCAAGUGGAAAUACAGUCCUGUAUGUUCUACAAACAUAUAACAAUAUUUUGGCUAUUGUUGGGAUGUAUAUCAUUCCCUUCUCUAACCACAAUGGAGGGCUGCAGGCCCUCAUAGGUGAGGCAGUUAAUGAAAUAGAGGGAUCAAUAUGUAGAACAAAGCAAAACUAUGAUAUGUAGCAACAAUGGUAAUCUAGGACACAUGGAUGCCUCUAGGGCUUAAAGAGGACAGCCUUCUUUAUAGGACCAUCCAAGGUUGCAAUGCAUGGACUGGUAUCACUCCACCUCCUUCCAUGCUGCCCUGGAGGAGCAGACAGUGGCUUCCUGGGUCCCAUUCUUUCCCCUCUUUGGAUGUAGUAGCCCCUAAGCCUGCAUCCACAUACAUUUGUAUGGCUGGAAGGGACCUUGGAGGUCUUCUAGUCCAACCCCCAUUCUCAGUGCAGGAAUUUGCUACAGCUUGUAGAAAAAUCACCUAUCACUUGAGUGCUGAAAAUAUUUUUUUGUGCGGUGCUAAUAGCACAGGGUUACUGGCCCAUUUUGCAAACAUCCCCUCAGAAACAUUUGCAGUUUUAAUUAAAGUUUUGCAUUAGAGAGCUUAUGUUCCCUCCAAAGGAAUUCUUUUUACUGCAGCCUUUCAUAACCACUUUGUGCUCACUGCUUCACACUGGCCUAGGCUUGUUAAGCUCUACAUCCCAAAAGUAAUACCUACAGUCUGCUCUUAAUCACAUUGUUAGACUUCCAUCAAUCAUCGUAGGCCAUUCCUGGUAUCAAAUAUAUCAAAGUCCUGUAUAUUUAAAUAAGGAGGAAUUAUUAACCCUGUGGCAGCUGUAAGUUCAGGAUGUCUAAAGCCAACUAUGAAAUAUUUGUAACAAUGGGGAGGAAAAUUAUAUUUCCCCCCGGGAAUGUGGUCUUUUGAUAGCUCUCCAGUUUGGGGUGGGGGUGGAGAGGUGUACAACCUGUACAAAGAAAAGUGCAAAGAAGCCAAGGUUAUUCAUAGAUACACUAGGGAACAGGGUAAUGGAGGGAAUUAGGUACACCAAAGAAAGAAUCAAAUGGAAAGGAACCUGGAGUCUGAGACAGCCGUACCGAAGGGUGGCUCUGCUUUUUUCUGCCAGGGUGUUCCUAUACUCCUCUACUUACUUCACACCUACCUGUUUCAACUCCAGCAUGGAUUUUCACCUCCUCCCUCCAUGUUUCAGUAGGGUUAGAAGGUGGUUAACCAUUUUCGUCCAGGAGCACAGCAUAUUUGAUAUAUUAAACCACUUAUUGGCAGCUUUUAGACUUUUAUCUAAAAAAGCCUCAAGGGAGGGAGCAUUUGCCACAAGGUCCAGGUUCUCCUGGAAACAGGAAGAACCAUUGCUGCCAAGCUCAAUUCACUUUUUAAAUGUAUACAAUUGCUCUGGAAAGGGUGGCUGUAAUUCACAGCAGCCUCACCCCUUAAGGUAUGCUUGUCAAUCUGUGCCUGGGUUAGACUGUUGUUAUCUGUAAGAGCUGAGAAUUACUGAGAGAAAGGAGUUUUUCCCAGUUUGCUCCACUUCUCUCCAGUUGUACCUUGAACCUCUUUCAAUUCUCAAUCCAUCAUUUGUCCCUUUAGGGCUCCUGUUCUCCUUUCAUGUUUUUUUCUUGCUACCAGUGCGGGAAAUCCCUUAUCUGCAAAAAAAAUAACAUAAGAGCAACAUCUCAUGGUUUAUGCUCCCUACCUUCCAAGGCCUUUUGCCCUAUUCAUGUUCCUGUCAGAGUUAUAUAGUUAAUGUGUUUAUUGGCUUUAUAUGCCAUUUUUAUUUAAAAUUCAGAGUGGUUUACAAAUAAAACAUGAAAGCAAAAUUUCCAGUAAAACAGAUAAAAUAUAAUGGGCAAUAAAAAACAGAAAGCCAGAUACUAAAAACAUUGCGGAGCUUCUGUACUAUGGCUGGUGCAAUGAACACCAGUAGAAGACAUCAUUCCCAUUCCUCCUUCCCUACCAAACCCUGAUCCCCCAGAUAGCUGUGGCUGAGGGUCAGGGGAAGAUGAUGCGGAGGCUAACAGCCUAGAAGAUGCUGCAGGGAGGGAAGCCAUGCAGGAGGAAUGUCAGAAAGUGGAGCUAUGUGAGUCAGACCAUUGGUCCAUCUAGCUCAGUACUGUCUACACAGAUUGGCAACGGCUUCUCCAAGGUUGCUGGCAGGAAUCUCUCUCAGCCCUAUCUUGGAGAAGCCAGGGAAGGAACUUGAAACUUAGAUGCUCUUCCCAGAGCAGCUGCAUCCCCUGAGGGGAAUAUCUUACAGGGCUCACACUUCUAGUCUCCCUUUCAUAUGCAACCAGGGCAGACCCUGCUUAGCUAAAGAAACAAGUCAUGCUUGCUACCACAAGGGCAGCUCUCCUCUCCAAUACCAAUACCUUUGCUGAAGGCCACCUCAGCCACAGAUUUUUUGGAGGCUCAGGAUAGACUCCAUUGGAAAGAGAGGCCUUUCUCUAGUGUACAUUACAGUAGCUUGUGGAUGAUAUCCAUAGUUAUUCAGAAACAUAAUUUAAAGGGAAAGCACUCUUCAAAAUAAAACAUUAGCUCUCUAAAACAGUGCAGGUGCAUAGAUCAAUGUUCCGCAAGAUCACCAAGCAAAAUGUAUGUAUGUAUGCAAGCAAACACACACACACACACACACACUACAGAAACAGAAAUAAAUCCAGAAGGGAUCAGAGAAAGACCUAGGAGCAAGUGGUAAGAACGGGGCAUGGAAAAAAUUUGGAAGGAGCCCAGAGGAACCCUAUUAAAGCAGCCCAAUGCGUACAGCUCCCAGGUUUCUUCGAAUUAUCUUUAUGGCAUUUAUAUGUGGCUAAUAUAUGACCUCCUAACACACUCUACUUUACCCCACUUAAUACCAUGGUUAAGCCUGCCGCUGUCUGGGAAAGCAAUGCUCCCAAGCUGUACACUUUCUUUUUCAAGGGGAUUGCAACCCAUCCAAAAUAGGUCUGAUUCCUCCACACAUUGUAUUGAUAUUUCUUACCCACAGAAUGGUAUCUUGAUUGCAACCCAUCCAAAAUAGGUCUGAUUCCUCCACACAUUGUAUUGAUAUUUCUUACCCACAGAAUGGUAUCUUGUCGGGAUUCAGCUUCAGUUUGUUUGCCUUCAUCCAGACCAAAACUGCCUCCAAGCACCAGUGCAGGGUUUCCAACACCUUCCUAGAAUUAGAUGGCUGAAACAUGAAAUAUCUGUGUGCUAAUGACAGUUCAGCCCAAACCUUUGGAUGACCUUAUCCAGUAGUUGCAUUUAGAUGCUGAAGAGCAUGGGGGGACAGAAUGGAUCCCUGCGGUUCUCCAUAUAUGAGAGGUCAUGGGAAGUAGUAGUAGUAGUCUAGCACUAGCACCAUUUUCUAGGAGUGACCUUUAGGUAGGACCAGAGUCACCACAGAACAAUGUCCUUUAGCCUGAUCCCCAGAGUAUUUCCAGAAGAAUAUCAUGGUUGACAGUGCCAAAAGCUGCCGAGAGGUCCAGGAAGAACAGCAGAGUCACACUCUCCGUGUCUCCCAGCAUUGGUCAUAUUCUAGAGUGCUUGAGACCAUUUCCAUCCCACAGCCUGGCCUGAAUCCAGAUUGACAUUGAUCUAAGUAAUCAAUGUCAUUCAGGAUUACCUUGAAUUAUAUUUAUGGUUCAAUUUCCUCACUUCCAAAGAUCUAUGGAUAUUUUACACAUACAACAUUAGUGCUACAAGGGGUUAUAUUAGGAUCCAUUUUGUGUCUUGAGGGUUUUCUAACCAGCAAGCAUUUUUUACUUUAGCAGUUGUGGGCAAUCACUUCAGAAUUUUACAGUACAUUUAGCCUAUGUUGGGCCAUUACCUGAUUGUUACUUCAGGUUGUGUUUUAUGAGUGUGAUAAUAUUGGCCCUGGAAUAUCCCUUUAUGAUAGUAAAUGUUAAAUUUUGGCUUACUUUAGGCCUACUGAACGUACCACAGCCCACCAUAAUUCCACUUUUCCAAUUCCACAAACUGAAGUUGUUCAAACUCACUCUAACCAAAUUGAAUGUGAAAUUCUAAUACAGAGGCAGUUGCACAUGGCAGAGUUGUCAUUUAGGUUGUUCAAAAUGUAUAACAAAGGUUCCCUUUGAAAGUUGCAUGGAUUUUCUGCAGGAUACUGACCAAUACCCUUGAGGAUGAAGGAGUUCAGUGAGCUUUGCAUUUCAAUUCAAAUGAUCUUCCUUGUGAUUGGGCUCUGGCAAUUCUGCCCCCCCCCCGACUGGUUCCCAAAUUACCUUUCUAGUUUAAAAGCAGAUAGAGUCUUUUCUGUGUGUGCAGUUUGAUAGUAGCUGGAAUGUAGCUUUGACAAUACUGUUCCAGACCGUAGGGCUUUCAUGUACCUUUAAAGCUUAAUUGACUAUGACCUUCACCAGGAUACUGAUAGAGCAGGGAUAACAUGUUUUUCCCCUCUACAGGCUAUCUGAAGAAAUCAGCCUUAAUUUGUUAUUGCACAUGCUUUUUUAAAGAUAAAAUUCUCUCUAUACAAAAGUGAAACUGCAGUUGGUAUGAAUGUGACAGAAAGGUUUUAAAGAGUAAAUUAUUUUGGUUUGAUCUAAUGAAUACAACCUGGGUAUUGUAUAAUUAAUUUGACAAUGGAGGCUUAUAAUUCAUUGCCUGAUCAACUACAAAAGAACAGGGUCAAGCCGAGACAAGGGAGCCAAACAUAUUUUAAAAGGAAGAGCAGUUGCCACAGCCGUAGCCAAACCCACACAAAGACAUUGCCAAGUAGUUUCAUAAACUUUUCUCCAUCAUUAUGGUAUCAUUUUUACUAAAACGAAACUUAGGCCUCUUCAGCCUUGAUUUCUUCUAUGCUCCUGCAGAGUACAUAAUUUUGCUAAGUUAAAGGAGGGACAGUGAGGCUAUUCACAUGAGCAUGCAAAACUUAGGCUAAGGGAGCCCAGCCCAGCCUCACACGCUCAUGUGAACUGCUGGGAUUGGCCCCGAUCCCGGCGGCUACAUGGCAGCAAAACUGCCUAAAUAGCCUCCCUCUUAAGUAUUAAGGGAGAGAGCACUCCCUUAACCUCAUUUUUGUAAUUGUAUGUCAGCCAUGGCUAGCACACUCAGGAGCGGGGGGGGGAGGGAUCCCAUAAUGCACCACACACUAGCAUGGUGCACUAUCAGAGCUGGGUGGGGUGAUGAUGCAUCGCGCCAUGUCCUGGCACUCUGACCCCCAGAGCGCAGCUAGUCAUCUGGGCAGGUGAUCAGCCCACCCAGGGAAGAGAGCUUAGUAAUCUGCGGGGAGGGCGAGUCAAAUGCGCUCUCCCUGCAAACCACGGAGCUCUUCUCACUGAUUGUAAGAAGAGCACCAAUGUAUGUGCUUGCUUUGUGUCAACAUUUUGACAUUUUUAAAAAAAGCAGAAGUGUGAAUGUCUGGGGGGAGCAAAAGAGCAUUCUGUCUGCCUGCCUGUCAGCAGCAGUUGAAAGGAGAGAGGAGGAAAAAGCUGGCAGUGUUCAUAGAACUACUUGGUUUGCUAUUACCAUUAAAUCUUUAGUGAUGUG